AUGUCUUCAACACUCACAACACUCAAGACUCGCACCGCCCGCCUCGCUUUGCCCACAGCUGCCCGUCGAUUCAGCACCAGCACUCCACGCUUCUACCGCCGCCAGCCCGGCGACCCCACAGGCCCCAACGAACCACCGACCCACAUCAGUGCUCCCCAGAGCAAGUCCCCCCUGAAAGUCUGGCCCAUUCUCGCCAUCUUUGGCAUCGGUACUUUUCUCUUCAAGAAGAUCGUUGACCAGCGCGAGGGCCACUACAAGCCUACAGGACCUGUUGCCGGACACUCGCCCAGCACGAUUGAGAACCUCGGCGCUACAACGCGCACUAGCCCUCUCUGGUCGCCGGACAAGGUCACCGUUAUCUUCGUCCUCGGUGGCCCUGGUGCGGGCAAGGGAACGCAGUGCACAAGACUCGUCUCGGACUAUGGCUUCAAGCACCUAAGUGCCGGUGACUUGCUGCGCGAGGAGCAGGAUCGUCCUGGGAGCGAGUUCGGCGAGAUGAUCAAGACGUACAUCAAGGAGGGUACAAUUGUGCCUAUGGAGGUUACCAUCCAGCUGCUGGAGAACGCCAUGAAGACGGCUAUGGAGACCGAGAGCAAGAGCAUGUUCCUGGUUGAUGGCUUCCCUCGCAAGCUCGACCAAGCCCACGCUUUCGAGCGCUCCGUCGUCCCUUCCAAGUUCACCCUCUUCUUCGAUGCGUCCGAGGAGGUCAUGCUCAAGCGGCUUUUGCACCGCGGCGAGACUUCUGGCCGUGCCGAUGACAACAUUGAGUCAAUCAAGAAGCGUUUCAAGACCUUCGUCGACACCAGCAUGCCCGUUGUCAACGAGUUCGAGUCUCAGGGCCGUGUUGUCAAGAUCGACGCUGUUCAGAAUCCUGCCAAGGUCUACCAGGAUGUGCAGGAGAAGAUUAAGGCGUGGGGCGUUGAGCCGAUUAGCUUGAAGUUCGUUCAGACUGCAUAG